AUGUUCAAGAAAGACAUAACAUCGGGCGCGAAAUCCAAAGUAAAAUCCAGCGCGCAACGCGGCAUCCGGUCCAAGGUGCUCGAGGAAUAUCCCAAGCUGGAACCCUACAUUGAAGACAUACUGCCCAAGAAGGAGCAAUUGGAUCUCGUCAAGCUACCAGACCGCGUAUCGCUGUACACGCUCAACUCGACGCCGCUGUUCUUCCAGCACAUGGACGAUGCGCUGCUGCCGCACCUGACGCUCGUGCACAAGUACCCGUUUGCAUUCAACCGGCUGCGCAUCGACCGCGGCGCAAUCCGCUUCGUGCUCUCGGGAGCCACGCUCAUGGCGCCGGGCCUCACGUCGCCGGGCGGCCGCUUGCCGGGGCCAGAACUCAGCGACGAGGAUAAGGAGCGGUAUGGCGAGGAGGAGCUCAAGGAGGGUGCUGUCGUUGUGAUUGAGGCGGAGGGCAAGGAGACGGCGUGUAUGGUUGGGGUGCUUAAGAUGGGCACGGAUGAGAUGAAGAAGGUUAAGAAGGGGCAGGCGUGUGAGGCCGGGCAUUAUCUGGGUGAUGGGCUGUGGGGUUUGAAGUUGGACUGA